AUGAAACUCCUAGUUUUAUUGCUGGUCCUUGCAAAUGUCGUCUACACCGUAAGUCACGUUUCCAGAGCGUUUUGUGAUCAGAGUACUCGUCCCGAGAGUGACGCGUUCGCAAACGAUAAUUCCGUUAUCAGUUACACUAACUGCUAGCAAUUGUUGAUUUUCAGAAAUUCCACUGCCAAAGCGGAUUGCGACGGGUGACUGACGUAAGUCCGAAGGGAUCCUUUGAACUGGAAAAUCCUUUCUUCCCGCAAAACCAUCAAUUGCUCACUUCCUUUCUUUUGUACACGCUCGCUCACUUCCGACCUCAAUCAACCAUAAUUGAGAACAACAAAUGGUUCUGGGGAAGCGCUAUAUAAUUAUUGCACAGCGACGUAUACCCCUUUUGUAACACACGCCAGUCAGUUUCUCGCUUCAGUGAAUUUGACCUGUUUGAUUGUUUUGAGUUGAAGGGAAAGAAAAAUAGGAAUUUCACAUCCGGAAAUGACGGUUUCAGAUUGGAUUAAUUGAGAAAUGCCUAACCAAAAUUGAAUGCGAUGCUAUGCCACAAUGCUCCAACACUGUAUUGGUCAGUAAAAACAACAAACAGAACAGAGCUAAUUUGCCAUUUUCAGGGAAGCUGCUGUUGCUUCGAGAACAAGAACUGUCUCCUUACGCGUGCCCGCAGACACCUCAAAGCGUGAGAUAUCAUUUUUCAGGGAUUUCAAGCCAUUUUCUAUUUCAGAACCACUCCGGCUUCGGAAGAAGAAGAAGAUGUGCCUUAUUCUGAAGAGGUCACAUCCUCUGAAGAUGAGCCCACCACUGCUAAGACCACAGUGAAAGCUCACAAGAAGAAGUCCGUGAAGAGCACUACCCCAACCACCACCACCACCGAGGAGCCGGAGACAACCAAGAAGGCCGAGAAAAAGAAGACUGAAUCAAAAAAGGCUGUGAAGACCACCACCACCACUACAGCCGCUCCAUCCUCGAGUGCCGAGACCGAAUCCCCAUCGUCUGAAGAUUCAAAGACGACGGAAGACGAAACUGGAAAUGCAUCGACUGAGGAGGUCACUACAACAUCAUCAACUGAGGUUUCGGCUGAGGAGGAGCAGGAUGUCAAAUCUACAGGAGCGUCAAGGGAAGAUACUGCUGAGACGUCGACGGAGGAGGAGAAGUCGACAGAAGCACCGGAAGCGUCGGAAGAGACCCCGACUUCUGCCAGCUCUGAGGCUUCUGAGACCACUGAAUCACAGGAGGAUGACAAUGACGAAGAGGAGACUACCACAAAGGCUGCCAAGGCCACUAAGGCCACCAAAGCUCCAAAGACCACUACCACCGUCGCCACCACCACUGCCAAGAAGGAUUCCAAGAAGGCUCUCAAGAAGACCAAAGAGGAGAAGACCACCACCACCACUGCUGCCACUCCAGAACCAUCUGAUGAAACUUCGGAAUCUUCGGAGUCUUCCUCUGAAGCUUCCCCGGAAACCAGCGAAGAGCCAAAGUCGUCGGAGUCCACUCCAACUUCCGAAGAGUCCACGGAACAGCCAAAGAAGGACAAGAAGAACAAUAAGGACGAUAGCAAUGAGGAUGAGGACGAUGAUGACAAGACGUCGGCAUCAAAUACCGAAGAGUCGUCUUCCAUUUCUGAAUCUUCUUCUGAAUCCACAGAGAAGUCUGUUGAGAAGUCUGUUGAGACCACCAAGAAAACAUUGUUCUCCGGACCACCAGACUCUGAUGAGGACGACGAUGACGAGGGAGCAGGAGCCGACGAGGCGUUCUUCUCGGAGAAGAAGGUGGAUUCCACCGAAGCACCAGCCGAACUCUCCGGAACUACCACACUGGCUGUUAAGAGCAAGGUGAACUAAUUUUUACAGAAAAGUUUAGAAUUUCAGUUCGAAAUUCAUUUUUUCAGAAGCUGAAGAAGACCGAGCGCAGCUACAAAACCUUUUUUGCUAUCGCUGGAUUAGUUUUCUCCUCAUUGGUGGGAGCCGCAGUGUACAUGUACACAAAGAAGUGGGGCAUAUUCUCGUGCAGUGGCAAUUCAUGUCUGAUUGUUUUUGCAGGCAGGAAGAGAAAGAAGCGGCGUCGACUGUUGACGAAAAAGAGCUGACAACCAUCGCUCCUCUCCUUGAGGACCAGAAGGAGUCCGCCGAAACCGCCGAGAACCAAGUGUCGGACAAGAACAAAGAUGAAUAA